AAAAUAUGCUGCUAUUUUCCUAAAAAUGGCAGCCUUCAUGUCGUAAGCUUUUCUUUUCUAAACGUAAUAAAAAGUUUUUAUUACCAGUUUACGGACAAUUUAUAAUGCUUUUUGAAGCAAUCCCAAUGGGUAACCUGAUAAACAAAGCAAUAAGAUAACUAUCAGACGUCGAGAGUCAUGCACUUCGUAUUGUAGUGGCACAGACAUCUCUCGGCCGUUCAUGCAAAUGUUGAAAGGAUCCAACGACAUCCUCGACAGUUCGACGCUCUCGGAUCGCAACAUGAGCGCCGGCAGCGCGCGCGUGGAGAGCGAGCUGGCGGGCGCGCGGCGGCUGCUGUGGGGCGCGGGCGUGAAGGAGGACGUGUUCCGGCGCUGGGCGCAGGGCUUCGUGUUCAGCGCCGACGAGCCCAGCGCGCUCAUCCAGCAGGAGGGCGGCCCGUGCGCCGCCAUCGCGCCCGUGCAGGGCUUCCUGCUCAAGAUCCUGCUGUCCGAAACGCCCGGACACAGUUUUCAGGACUUGACUUCGGAGAAAUGCAACUCUCUGCUUGUUAGGGCCGUGUGUACUAUAUUAAGCCAGUGUCUAGCGCCUAAGUACAAUGUGGCCGUGUAUAGGAAGAAUGAAACCGAUGCGGAAUCCAGCAGCGACCACAAUGUCAGUGUAGAAGAACAAUCGUGUGACGCCAUUGAACAGUUCCAUCGAAGGAUUGAGGUGCAUCCGUUCCAAACGUUAUCUGAAGUGGAAGCGUUCUAUACAAGAAAUAUUCGUAUUUUGAAAGACAAAUAUGGUGUGCUGUUACUGCUGUAUAGUGUCAUUCUUAGUAAGGGUGUAGGAACAGUGGAAGCAGAGUUGGCGGAGCUGUCGGACCCUCUCAUUCAUUCCGUUUAUGGCUAUGGAUCUCAGGGACUCAUCAAUUUGAUGCUAACGGGCCGAGCCGUGGCUCACGUGUGGGACCACGACCAAGUCGUCGGGGGACUGAGAUUGCGAGGAAUCGAAAGGCAAAAUGACAUCGGAUUCUUGACCAUAAUGGAACAUAUGCAAUACUGCACGGUGGGCUCAUUUUACAAGAAUCCUAAACAUCCCGUAUGGGUGCUCGCUUCCGAAACACAUCUAACAGUGUUGUUUUCACUCGAACGAAGACUCGCCGCACCCGAGACCGCCGGUGAAUCGGCCGAACGUAUUUUCCGGUCGUUCGAUCCGGAAGGAAACAAUUUCAUACCGUCGGCGGCGUUGCAAGACGUGCUGUGCGCGGCGGACCUGGUGAGUGAGCCCGAGUACGUGGAGCUGAUGCGGCGGAAGCUGGACUCGGAGAACCUGGGCAUCAUCCUGCUGAGCUCGUUCAUGGACGAGUUCUUCCCGGGCUGCGAGCGCGGCGCGCCCGACACGUUCCCGCUGCAGCACUACAACGGGCUGGCGCGCUCCAACCCGGGCGCGCGCGUGCGCUUCCGCGGCGGCCGCGCGGCGCUGCUGGAGUGCCCGCUGCGCGCCGCCAGCGCCGACGCCAUGCUGACGUGCCUGCAGACCAAGUGGCCCAGCAUCGACGUGGUGUGGGACGACGGCCACUCGCCCUCGCUCAAUUAGCGCACGCCCCCGCCUCCCACUGACGACCCUUGACUUUGAACUCGUACUGUGACGCAGUGAGGAAGUAUCGAAACACACAUUGGAUGUCAAAAAUGUGUCGAAAAUUCCAUUACUUUAUUGUAUUAUGUAUAAAUUGUAUCGGAAAACGAGGGCUCCAUGUGGAAGUCUUUGCACUGGUAUGAGCAGCUAUUUUGCAUAAAUCGGUGACCUCUUAGAAGUGAUAUGAUAUCAUUUUGUAUAGGAUUAAUUAGUUUAAAGUCGGGUAAGCUAGUUUAGCUCGGCGGACUACCUGUGCAGAGAGUGAUCUGAUCGAUUAAGCAAUAAGCUUCUUGCGGAUGUGAAAACUGUUAAAUUUAAUGGUAUUUUAUAGCCAACUCCAUUGUUGAAAUUUGUGACACAAAUUAUAUCUAUACCUAAUUGGACUUAAAAAAAAUUAUGUUAAAUGUAUAUAUCGUGUUUCGAUAUGAAUGGUCAUGGUUGCCACUGUCGCCUAACCCACAGCACCAACAUCAUGAACACUGGCCUUGCUAACAUCCACUUAGACGUAGCAGACAUCAAGUAAACAUAGAACUGCUAACUUAUUGUUCGCUGUGCUGUUUCAUAAGAGUGAGAGAUAUUAGUAUGCUCUGCCAAGUAUUAUUAUACGAGGUGAUCAUGUUUAAAUUGUUCUUCAGUUAUUGCAGGCUUUUGCAUUAGUGUACUUACAUGAUUUUACCUCCUUAAGUGCCUCCCCAUUUUCCUUACAAGCUCUCAUAAUUUUUUAAAAGUACCUCUUACUGUACCAGUAAACAGCCAUGCAAUCUCAGGAAAUUUACUUUUGUAUCAUUGUUAAAUCUAAAAAGUGGUAGAACCAACAUUUGUAAUACAGUUUUAUUUUAUAAAAAUUGGAUAGAAGAUAUUUAGAAUAUCAAUUUGUAUGUUGUAAAAAAUGGUUACUUUUGAUUACAAGAGAAAUAUUUUGUCAACAAGUAGUUUGUAUGGUGGGAUCCUAAAGCAAUAUUUGAAUGCAAUGAGACCAUUUGACUUCAUGAAUUUUGUAUCUUUCUUUCUUUCUUUUCAUUACAAUCACCAACAACUGAUUUGGUUCCUGGCACCUCUUUUUGUUUCCUAAUUUUUUAGUAACUUCUUGAUUUCAGAUCCAACAACGAUCCUUUGUGA